UGUUUGCCUGUGCAUGUGCCUGGCGCCGGCCGGCACAAUGAGCUCAAGCUUUUCACGCCCCCGGCCCGAGACGAGUCCUACCCACACCCGAGACGGAGUCCCCCGGGCCCGAGAUCGAGUCCCAUCCAUACACCGCCUCCUCUCCCAUAACGCGAGGAGGCGAAGGAGUAGCGGCGGAGGAGUAGCGCCGCCGCGCAAGACGAAAGAGAGCUCGCCGCCGCAUGUCGUCGAUGUUGUCCGCGCUUUCGAAUUGGUUGGUGAACCCGCGCCGCAACCCGCUCGCGCGCCUCCACAUGCACGCCGUCUCCUCGCGCCUCAGGAAAUACGGGCUGAGGUACGACGACCUGUACGACCCGUACUUCGACCUGGACAUCAAGGAGGCGCUCGGGAGGCUGCCUAGGGAGGUCGUCGACGCCCGCAUCCAGCGCCUCAAACGCUCCAUGGACCUCUCCAUGAAGCACCAGUACCUCCCCGAGGACCUCCAGGCUGUGCAGACCCCAUUCAGAGGCUAUUUGAGUGACAUGUUGGCUCUGGUGAAAAAGGAGAACGCUGAGCGUGAAGCACUGGGAGCCCUUCCGCUUUACCAGAGAACCAUUCCUUAAAAUGGUGCCUAGACGUGCCCACAAGGCCACAUUUUCUCUUUACGAAACACCAAAAUGCAUGAAAUAAUAUGCAGCGGAUGAAACUUUUUUUCCUUACUAUCAAGUUACAUUUUACUUGUUGAUGCAAUUAUGCAUUGACUGUCGCCUGUAGUUCUGUUUCCCCUCUCUAAUUAAUGGGAACAAAUUAUGCGUUCCACCCUUAUUAACUCGUUAUGAAAUCUUCAGCUGCUGAGUAACUGUUAUAGCGUUAUGUCGUUUGAUCUUGCAUUUCUGUUC